CCCCCUCCUGUCAAUCAGCAUGAGGCAGAUGAGUCACCGGGUGGAGGAUGGACUAUAUAAAGACAACUGGCAUCAUCCACAGCGCUGGAGACAAGCUUAGUGGUCCUAUGAAAAGUCACAUCGCAGAUUCUGCCCACUUUGUUGCGUGGAGCCAAAAUCGUCCUAAAACGAUGGAGAGAGGCAGACUCUCCACGUCCAUCCCCGUUGAGCGCCAGCUAAGCUGUUCCACCACUGAUGACCCUCAAUGUCAUGGUACUAUGGACGGGCAGUCCGCCGGGUCCACAGGAAUCUUACUGGCUUACAAGAACGCGUCGCAACACCUGACUUCGUCGGGAAUUAAAAUGGGGUUGGGGAUACUCAAAGUGGCCUCGUCUCAGUGGAAAAGGGAAAAGAAGACGCGCUCAGAUGUAGCCGUAAAGCAACUAUCCACAGCCAACAGCUGCCAUCCCUGCAAGAGAUCCCCCCUUGAUCACCUGGCAGCUCUGGUUCUCCAGGGGGAAGCGGAGCGCCAAAUUCGGCAGGAGCGAGCACCGACCAAGCCUCAGAACUGUAAGCGCAUCGUGGUUCUCGGUGCGCCACGGGUCGGCAAGACCUCCAUCCUGAGAAGAUACCUCAGGGACGGAUUUGUGGAGGAGUACAGUCCCACCUCCGAGGAUUUCCUCAGGAAAAUGUUUCGUAUCCGUGGGGAGACGUACCAAAUUGAUGUCCUGGACGCAUCCGCGGAAAGGGAUUUCCCAGCCAAGAGGCGGCUGUCUAUCCUCACGGGUGACAUCUUUCUCUUAGUAUUCAGUUUAGAUGAACGAAGCUCUUUCGAGGAGGUUUGCGCCCUGCGAAUGGAGAUCAUUGCCGCCAAAUCCAAGCUCACCAAAUCCUCUGUGCCGGAGCAUUGCGCACAGCCACGGGUUGCCCUAGUGGUCUGCGCCAAUAAGGUGGAUAUCCUCAAGUCUGAGGGAGGAAUAUCUAAGGCAGAGGUUCUACGGGUCCUCGGAGAUGACUGUGCCUAUUUUGAAACAUCUGCAAAGGAAAGCACGAAUUUAGAGAAAGUCUUCGAAACUUUGGCAAAGCUCGGCGGGCUUCCGACUGAAACUGGCCCGUCUCUGCAUCGCAGACUCUCCAUCCGAUCCUACCAAUCGAUGUGGGCAGGCCGUAUGCCUGCGAAGGGCUGUCAGGCCGCGGGACGCGAGGAGGCCUGCGGUGCCCUGUACCCGCUGGUCCGUCGGCCAAGUUUCAGCACGGAUCUCCGACAUGUUAUCGGCUCACAUACCGCAAGAAAUCCGGGCAAAGGGUUGGAAAAAUGUCAGAUUCAGUGAGACAAAACAAGGAUAUGUACAUAAUAUAAUGCAGUGGCAUUGUCUAAUUCAAUUUACAGAUGUUUUCCAAUUAAAAUAUGCUUGCUUACUUGUAUAUAUGUAUGAAUGUGUCUUUAUUUUUUAUACAGCCAUCUAUCCAGUGCAUGCAGUGUGUUUGUACCUCUUCCACUGUGAAACGUGAGAGGAUGUUUAAUCAGGAACAUUAUUAUUGUAGCCAUAACUGUUGUAUAACCUAAAAUAAUAUAUAUUAGUGAUCAACUCCUCAAUCAGAUUAGGUUUUCAGUUGGAAAUCUGAAGUUACACCUUCUAAAACAGCCUCUCAGGCCUGUCACUCAAUGCCGGCUCACACUUGAUUUUGUGAUGUUUGUUGCUACUAUUCAUUUUAACAGCUUAGUGUUGGUAACAAUGACACCUUAGUAGUCAACAAGCAACGCUUGUCACUUUAUAUCUCACAUGAUCUACGGCAUUUGUAAAAAAGCAAUUUAAAAUGACACAAUGUAAAGUCACAUUUGGCAGCCUCAUAAAAAAUCACCUGACGACCUGUCAUCUUUUAUUCCAUUUUACGAUGACAUUGAAAGUUGCAUAUCUGCUUCUCACUUGUCCUCCAAGAAAACAUUUACUCUAUUGUAGAUCUCACUAAAAAGAAAAUAAUGUAUUGUUGAAAUUGUUGUAAAUUUAAUUCAAUUGAAUAUCAUUGGGCAGGUUUACCACCGGUAAUUAUUGUUAUUUAACUCUUCCAUCUCAAAAAUACUUUAAACAGAAGUAAUAAUCAGAGAAAGAACUCUGUAUUUUGAUGGCCGACGUUAGCUAUAGCCACACUUUACUGCAACUGCUCAAAACAUCAUUUGAUUGUGUCUAAUUAAUUAGAAGGAUAAAUGCAUGUGCAGUGAUGUCUGUGCAGAUAGACGGAAACCAAGUUACCCAAGUUCAAAGUCAGCAGUAAAUCCAUAGGAAACAUACUAUAAAGUAAGAUAAUUAUCUUGCAUUGAUAUUCUUGUAAUAUAAGAAAAUAAUGUAUAAUCAGACACAUUUUAUCCUAACAUACUGUAUAUCAUCUACGCUGUUCUGCAUACAUUGUCAUUUUCACUUCUCACAUUGCAAGGAUAAAUACUUUUGGGAUGAAGAUGAGAAAUGUAUUCAACAUAUAAUGGUUGUAAAAUAUGAGAAAGAGUCGCCGUUGGUGUGAAUUUCCACAAAUCAAAGAGUAAGAUGAUGUAGCAAUAUUAACUGCUUGUCUGUUUGAGUUGUUAAAAAGAGUUCAUGUUAUGCUUCUUGUUCUCUAUGUCUGUGCAGACUAAACUUUGCUUUCAUACUGUUGGAAGUUCCAAAAACUUUAUUGCACGUGCAGUGACACUUGAGGCCCUUUUUAUUUGAUCCCUGCACACACAA